AUGCCCGAGGAUAGUAGAUCGACAUUCAACGGCCAAUUCCAGAUAGGGAAAAACGGUGAAUUUGCCGUGCAUCCUGUUGUGGGGAGACGCACCGCUCCUACGACUACCCCACAAGAGUCACUGAUCGUCCGCUAUGUCCAAUCAUCGAACCCCUCGCAGGAGUCGGUUGUUGGUGAGAAGCAAGAAGUAAUUGAGAUUGAACAUAGCCCCGUCGUCCACGAUGAGGCUGCUCCUAGUACAAGUAGGCCAAGAAAAUCGACAGGCGGUCACGGAGACGCCGCACUUGCUAUUCUUGGUGCAUCUGACACUCCAGUGGAGAUAUCCCCUGAACAAGAUGCUGCGGUGCUGCGCAAGGUUGACCGUUGGCUUGUGCCGGUCAUGCUCAUGGUGUACUUUCUCCAGCAGCUCGAUAAAUCAUCCCUUUCUUACACCUCAGUUUUCGGGAUCGUUUCCGAUACCAACCUGGUCGGGUCCCAGUAUAGCUGGUUGGGCUCAAUUGUUUAUGUGGCCCAGCUUAUCUGGCAGCCUGUCUCGUCGUAUUUUCUCGUGAAGCUACCGGUGGGAAAAUAUUUGUUUUUCAAUGUUUUUAUGUGGGGGGUUAUUGUUGCUUCGACGGCUGCCGCACAUAAUUUUAGUGGCUUGAUUGCGACUCGGUUUUUCUGGGAAUAUUUGAGGCUACCGUCGGUUGCACCGUGCUUCAUUACGAUCACUCAGAUGUGGUGGAGACGUAGAGAACAAACCAUGCGACUUAGUCUUUGGAUGGCCAUGAAUGGAGUGACAAGUAUGUUCGGAUCUCUGAUUGCAUUUGGAAUCGGGCACAUUCAUGGCUCACUCAAGCCAUAUCAAACAAUAUUUUUGUUUAUUGGCCUCUUAACUCUAGUGUGCUCUCCCGUAGUAUACUUCGUUCUUCCCGACUCUCCUUCAACUGCGAAGUUCCUGUCACAGGAAGAGAAGGUGAUUGCCCUAGAAAGACUACGUGCGAACAACCAAGGGACUGAAUCUAAGAGUUGGGAGUGGGGACAGUUUGUAUGCGCGCUGCCGUCAGGGGGUAUUAGCACUUUCGGACCACUGAUUAUCAAUGGUUUCGGGUUCAGUCAAUUCCAUACCAUUUUAUUAAACAGCCCAUUCGGCGCGUUCCAAUGGCCGGUCCUCUUUUUCCUUACUCUUCCCCCUAUCGCUGGAGCCUCGGCGCUGUACGUCUUGGGCCGCGAACCAGAGCUUAGAAACGAGUUAUUAGGAUGCUAUUACGUUCUAUCGUUUUUCACUGGUAUCCAACCCAUGCUUUACUCUUGGGCCUCGCAAAACACGGCAGGUCACACAAAGAAGACAUGCACUACAGGCCUUAUCUACGUUGCUCAAUGCGCCGGAAAUAUUGUUGGACCUUUGCUCUACAAGACGACCGAUGCACCAUACUACCAUCGUGGACUCAUUGCCAAGCAAGUAGCCUCAGAACCCGCACCUGACUAUUUACUCAUAUAUGACCCUCACCUAUCUAGUCUCAUCUGUUGGAUAAUUCUAGCAGUUUUGACACCUGUCACUGCGCUCUAUCUGGCUUUCUUGAACAAACAACAUGCUUCAGCCCGUCGGCGCGCCGGGAAAAAAGCAGAGGUCAUAGACACUUCAUUGGAAGAUUCAAAACAUGCGAGACAGGCUGCUAAGGAGAACGAGAAGUCUGACGGUGAUGAGAGCGAGGGCACAAAGAGACGCUUGAAUGACCAGGCGUUCAACGAUCUAACAGACCUUCAGAACGAGGAUUUUAUAUAUGUUUUGUAA